CAUUAACAAUAUCUUGAAGAUUUAUAUGCUGAUCAUUAAUUAGGAUAAUCAAAAUAAUUAUUGGGCACAAAAGGAACCUUUAUGUACAGUGACAGCCUACCAUGUUUAUAAUUAAGGACUCUAAUUAAAUAGCUCCAACCAAGAGGAGACAACAAUAAAGUAAUUAAUGUUUCUUCAUCACCACAUGAUGACAGACAAGAGCAACUUCGUAUGAAGCUAGGUUGUCUUUAAUUGUAAACCAUAUAUAUUGUUAUAUAACAAUGAUCUCAACAAGACCUUAACAUUAAUUUUUAUCAAGUUAUAUAUUCCACACAAAAAAAGGGAGAAGAAAAACAAAAACAAUAAUGGCAGCCUCAUCAUUAAUCAAAAUCUCAAAGACUGAAAGUAUUGUUGAGGAACAGUUAUCCAGAUUGACAACAUCAUCAGAGGCAACAACAACAACAUCAUCUUCAUUAUGCAAUAGAUUAAGUGAUCUUAAGGAUUUGCAUGAGAGCUUUAAUUUUUUACUUCAGUUUCAGCUACAAACCAUACAAGCCCUAAAGACCAAGAAAACCCUUGAACAAGUACUAGAUGGAUCUCUUGGGCUAUUGGAUUCAUGUUCCACCACAAGGGAUAUUUUAUCUAUGAUAAAACAAACCCUUCAAGAUCUCCAAUCAUCUUUGAGAAGAAAGAGAGGCUUUGAUUCAUCUGGGUUGGAAAAUGAAGUUAAUUUGUACAUGUUAUCCAAGAAAAAAUUGCUGGCCAAAAUGAUCACCAAGUGUUUGAAGAAUGUUAUGAUGACAAAGGCUUAUUAUAAAAAUAAUUGUCAUGAUUUAUUUUCUUUAGUUGAGGAAGCUACUUGUGAAGUGUUUCGAUCACUACUGGCUUUCAUUUCUCCACCAAAGACAAGAUCAUUAUCAUCAAGGUCUUUAGCUUUGAAGUUGUUUCGAUCUAGAAAAGUGGCAUGUGAAGGAUAUAUAUAUGCCACUCAAUUAGAAAAAAUUGAUGCAACAUUGAUGAUUCUCAAGGCCAAUAAUAAAGACAUCAAAAUUGUACAAGUGAAACAAGUGUUGAAGGAGUUGGAGUCUUUAGAGUCCACUAUCCAAGAGUUGGAUAAUAAUCUUGAAUGUAUCUUUAGGUGUUUGCUGAAAACAAGGGUUUCCCUCCUAAACCUCUACACUCAUGAAUAGUCAAAUAUGUAUCACUUCAAAACUACUUGUAAUAUUCGAUAAUUUUUAUUUUUUGUUGUACAAAUAAAUAUUAAUAUACAUAUAAAGAUUGAAGACAUUUUCUUCUCCAUAUUAAAUUAAUUUUAUAGUUCAAUUUCCUUAUUCCCUACUUUCUAAGUAACUAUUAUAAUUAGUUUAAAUCUAUCUAACUUAAUUUUAUAGUUUUAUUUAGGUUAA